CAAAUACAAAAUAUUUUGUUAGAAAAUAUAAAUAAAUAAACCUUAAAACUUUUUCCACUUCCUCUCAUUUUCCGUUCCUCCCACACUACGCUUUCCUACGUCUUCUACUUCGCUCUCCAGCGCUCUCAGGUGAGAAAUGGCGGGUAAAGGAGGAAAGGGGCUCUUGGCUGCAAAGACCACCGCCGCUAACAAGGACAAGGAUAAGGAAAAAGACAAGAAAAGACCCGUUUCCAAGUCGUCUCGUGCCGGGAUCCAGUUUCCGGUGGGCCGGAUUCAUCGGCACCUGAAAACCCGGAUCUCUGCGAAUGGGCGAGUUGGGGCCACCGCUGCUGUGUACUUGGCUUCCAUUUUGGAGUACCUGACUGCGGAGGUGCUCGAGCUGGCUGGAAACGCAAGCAAGGAUUUGAAGGUGAAGAGAAUCACACCCAGGCAUCUGCAGCUGGCUAUUAGGGGAGACGAGGAGCUUGACACUCUGAUCAAAGGAACCAUUGCUGGAGGUGGAGUCAUCCCCCACAUCCACAAAUCCCUCAUCAACAAAACCUCUAAAGAUUAGGUCUAUUUGUAGCUGAUUUUCAAAUAGCGAAUUUUAACUGUAGGCUAAUGUGUUUGGUUUGUGAGACAUUUUCAGCCUUCUCGAUGUAUGUUUAGAUCAGCUAGCUAGGUUAGUAUACACAUGGGCUAAUCUUUUAUGUCUGUUCUAAGGUAGGAGUUGCUGUUUGUUUAAUUUGGUCUUGAAUGUGGUUAUCUUAACCACAUUUGACUAUUUGACUAUCACCUAUGAGUCUGAAUUAUGUUUUCUGCAUCUAAUAUUUAAUGAUUGCUUCAGGUUUA